GGCAGGAGCCUGACGGUUGGUUUUAUCAUUAUGCCAUCUGUUUCCUGGGAAGGAGACCAGAAAGGACUAGGGGCUGCUGCCUUCCCGCUUCGCUUGGGGACCUACCACUGCCCCAGUGCUCCUUCCAAAAGUCAGGGUAUGAAUCAUGGGUAGGAAAUUCUUGGAGUUCUACAUGAUAAACUUGAUUGGCUUUUUGGCCAAAGGUCAUAUUUAUUAUGAGGGACAACCUCGGAUUUCCGCAGAGAAUUGGUUGCGACGCAUAUCAAAAGAGACCGACUGUACUCAGCGUGUUUCGUGUUGGCAAUUCUUUUGUCUGUUCCCUUUUGCUACUUCGUUCCUUUUAAUUCAAAACUUGGAUGAUAGAUUCAUGACAAGGUUACGAGAAUACAAAAAAGUCUGGACAUACACAGGUUAUGCCUUUUAAGUCCUAUCUAUAAACACUAUAUGUAGCCCAUCGACUAGCUCU